ACACACACACACACACACACAGAGGCACAACACGUUCACACAUACAUCCACACGUCCACCCCCUCAACACCCCCCGCCUCCUCGUUCUUCUUCCUCGGGGCGGGCAGGGCUGCAGCAGUUUUAUGAACGGCACGGCUGCAUCAUGCUCCCUUUCCCCAACCAGCCCCGAGCUGUUUCAUUGACAAACAUUCCGGUUGCUGCAUUUCUGUCACGGACAGCAUCGAGGAGCGGAGCAUCACCGGGGGAGCUGUGCAGAGCAGCAGCAGCAGCAGCAGCAGCAGCAGAGGAGGCACCAGCAGCAGCUGCAGUGAUCAUCAACAAAACCCUCCUGUGUCGUUCGCACCAGCUCCCAAGCUGUUGAUUCGCGACCCGGACUGGAUCCUCACGCACCCCCUCUCACCCCCCUCCACGCUCUCUGGGGAGAGAGCCAGAAGAAUCACCCGAGGGUGGGGAGCAGACAGCUUUUGCCACUCAGACUCCUCUGGGGGCUGUGAGGCGGUGUCGUUAACGCGCACUCACAGGAAGAUUACUGGAUUUGUUUAACGACUUCCAUGAAGCGCCCAGACGCACCGAUGGAGGAUUCUGGACGCUUUUUAAAAUCACGGAUGUCUGCGAGACUGCAGCGGCCGGUGUGUGAUGCGAACUGAGUCGUGGGUGGUGUAGACCCCCUCCCCGCACCUCACACACCCCCAUCGCCUUUUCCGCGAACCCCACUCCCUCCAACCGGGACGCACAGCCUUGUUUCACUCCACCGGGGGAACAUGUCCCGGGCAGCGGCUAUCGCCAGCUCCUUGAUCCGCCAAAAGCGGCAGGCAAGGGAGCGGGAGAAGGCGAACGCCUGCCGCGGCAGCGGCAGCCCAAGCAACAGCAAAGGCACAAACGAGAAGCCGAGCAAACUGAACGUGUUCUCGCGUGUCAAAUUGUUUGGAUCGAGGAAGAAACGGAAGAGAAGGCGACCACCAGAGCCCCAGUUAAAGGGCAUUGUGACCAGGCUUUCCAGUCGCCAGGGCUUCCAGCUGCAGAUGCAGCCUGAUGGCACCAUUGAUGGAACCAAGGAUGAAGACAGCACCUACGCCGUUUUCAACUUGAUCCCUGUGGGGCUUCGUGUGGUGGCCAUCCAGGGUGUCCAGACCAAACUGUAUCUGGCGAUGAACAACGAAGGCUUUCUCUACACCUCCGAACAUUUUACGCCGGAGUGCAAGUUCAAGGAGUCAGUGUUUGAGAACUACUACGUCACCUACUCCUCCAUGCUGUACCGGCAGCAGUCCUCGGGUCGGGCUUGGUACCUGGGACUCAACAAGGAGGGUGGAAUUAUGAAGGGGAACCACGUCAAGAAGAACAAGGCUGCUGCACAUUUCAUACCGAAACCACUCAAAGUGGCUAUGUAUAGGGAGCCGUCCCUCCAUGACCUGACAGAACUCUCACGGUCAGGCAGCGGCACACCGACCAAGAGUCGCAGUGCAUCGGCCCUGCUCAAUGGUGGAGGGAAGUCGCCCAGCAACAAUGACUUAUCCUAGCCCCCCACCCCUCAUACUUCACACACUUUGCACUCACACACACACACACACUCAAACUCUCUCUCUCACACACGUGCACACACACACACACACACACACACACACAGAUCUCAGGCCGACAUGCCCACACAUGAGGCUGGUGAAGGGUAGGAGGAGGCGAGGAGAAAAUGGAGGACAGGAAUGUGUUCUUCCACUCAACGGAGCCCACUGUGACUGACUGUGAUGUAAAUAAAUCAAGGACAAUCAAUCCAUCUGGCUCUGCUGCUCUGGUCUGCAGAGGGACAGGACUUGUGAAUCCCUUCCCUUGACUACUCUUCCUGCUGUAUCAUAACCUGAGAGAACAAGGGAGGGAGAGAAAGAGUGAUCAAGAGCUUCAGUCAGUCAGUCACGUAGUCAGAUAAACAGACUGUUACAGAGAACCAAAGAGCCCAAGUAUUAACUAACUAAGUUACUGCAGUGAAAAGGAAAAUGGCAAGAAAGCUACAGAGUGACAAAGGAAGGAAGGAAGUCCCUAUCUAUUCUACCGUACGCUAUGUUUACACAGAGCUCAUGGGGUUAAGUCAUAUUUUUAAAAACGACGAACGUAUUCCUUGUACAUUAUGAGGACAGAUCAUUUGUUUGCAUGCAGGUGCGCCUGUGUGUGUGUGUGUGUGUGUGUGUGUGUGUGUGUGUGUGUGUUUGAGUGUGAGUGGUCAAGUACACGCAGUGCUUACAGGAGGAUUGUUGUUGUUUGUGUGCGAAUGUGUGUGUGUGUGUGUGUGUGUGUGUGUGAGGGCGAGUGUAUGUGCGCACGCAUGUGUCUGGGGGGGAUUUUACCUUUUUAAGAUCUGUUGUAUAUCAGCCAAACCUCCUGAGGGCUUUAGCAGGUUAAAAUAAGGUUUACUGUAUAUGCUUCCAUGCCUACUUCUUACAAGCAAUGCUGUUGUUUAUCUUUCCGUUUGUUGUUGUUGUCCCUUGCUGUUUGUUUGUUUGCUGUUGCAUGGAAGCUUGUGGACCUCUGCUCAGUAGCAGCAUGCCGAAGGUCCUUUUAUCUGGUCUUGCGUGUUCUUGGCCAAAAAGAGAACACUAGUGAGCCAAUAGUGUCAUACCAGAACACUAGUGAACCAAUAUGAGGGUAUUGGAACACUUACUGGACCAAUAGUAUUGCACCAGAACAUGAGUGGACCAAUGGUGUUGGACCAGAACCAGUUUAACCAAUGGGAGCACAGAUUAUCUUAAUAUUUUGGUUCCUGCUGUGGACAAACUAGAAAUGCACUAAAUAAACUCUUUCUAAAGAA